AAACUCUUCUAUUGAUUUCCAUUUCAGGCUCUCCUGCCGUUGUUGAGAAGGGCGGCGGCUGAAGGCAGUGACAUGGGAAUCCACAGAGCCGCAGUGAUCAAUGUGUCGUCUGUCCUGGGAUCUGUGCAGCUCAACUGGGGCGAGGGAGCGAGCUUCAAGAGUUACGCUUACAGGGCAUCUAAGAGCGCCUUGAAUAUGGUUACAAGGUGUUUGGCUACCGAUCUGGAAGCUGAGGGGAUCUUGUGCGUUGCCCUUCACCCUGGUUGGGUGCGCACUGAUAUGGGUGGGCCAAUGGCACCUUUGAGUCCAGAGGAGAGCAUAUCAUCCGUGCUGUCCGUCAUUUCUGGAUUAAUGGAGGAACAUCACGGUGGAUAUGUGGACUACAAUGGAAAAAGCUUACCCUGGUGAUCUACAUAUUGCGUUAACUGUGUGUCACAUUGUCCGAGUGCCAGAUGACCACUGCGGAGCUAAGACCACAAAAACAGCCUGCGGGAUCAAUUAUUCAUGCUUGUUCAUGCACCACCUGUGUGUCCCAAAGUAAAAAAACUUAGGUCUUAGGAGAAAUGAAAUGUUAUAAAAGGUUACAAGGGUAUGUUUAUACUUUUAAAAUAGAAAAAAAAAAAUUGAUAUAGAAAGAAAAUUUUUGCUACCUGCCAGUAAUAGUCUUUCAUGGUUAUUGCCUUUUCUAUGAAUAUAAAAUAAAAUAUAAGACAGACAAUAAAUCGAAUGCCAUUUA